AUAAGUGAAAUGGCCAACCAAUCUACUUCAACAGUGUUCCUUCUGAUGGGAUUUUCCAAUGAUCAUGAUGCCCAGAUUUUGCAUUCUGUGCUGUUUCUCUUCAUUUACUUAACAGCCUUAAUGGGAAAUUCUCUCAUUAUCAUAGCUGUGGCCUUAGACCACCACCUUCACAGCCCAAUGUACUUCUUUUUAAUCAACCUAUCAAUUUUAGAUGUUUGCUACAUCUCCACUACUGUUCCCAAAUCUAUUGCCAUUUCAUUGACAAACAACAACAUGAUUUCUUUUGCCGGAUGUGUAACACAGGUCUUCUUAGUGGCAACUUUGGGGGGUGGUGAGAUUGCCUUGCUCACUGUUAUGGCUUAUGACCGUUUUGUAGCAAUCUGUCAUCCGCUACAAUAUACCAUAAUCAUGAAUUGGAGUGUCUGUAUCCUAUUGGCAGCUGCUUCCUGGAUAGGCAACCUGAUCCAUGCAGUAUUACAAACCAGUUUCACAUUUAGACUAAAUUUCUGUGGUUCCAAUAUGAUUAUGCAAUAUUUCUGUGACAUUCCUCAGUUACAAAACGUUUCUUGCAGUGAUACGAAAGUGAAUCAAAUUCUUAUUAUUGUCCUUGGGUUAUUUAUUGACUCUUUUUGUUUUGCAUUUAUCUUUGCUUCUUAUGGCUACAUAUUAUCUGCUGUGCUGAGGAUCCCAUCAGUCCAAGGCAGAUAUAAAGUUUUCUCUACCUGCACUCCUCACCUGACUGUCUUUUCUUUAUUCGUCACCACCGCUGUGUUUUCAUACAUGAGACCAAAAGCACUUUCUUCCCCCACCGUGGAUUUGGUUGCUGCUGUAUUAUAUACAGUUUUGCCACCAGUUCUUAAUCCCAUUAUUUAUAGCCUCAGAAACAAGGACAUCCAAAUGGGAGUGUGGAAAAUACCCCAAAACUUAAAACAUCUUAUUGCCUGA